AUGUCAAACUUAGGAGAUAGACCUACUAAUAGAGAUGUAGAAGGGAUGGAACCACAAGAACAACUCCUUGCGAGAGUCAUGCAAAAUGUGGAGACCAUGAUCAAUGAGAGAAGGCAGCCUGAAGAAGUUUUGGAGGAGGAAGAAGACUUAGGGCAAGAAGAUGAAGAUGAGGAGCCGGAGGUUGCAGUACCUAGAAGAGGAGAACGCCGAGGAGUGAGAGGAAGAGGAGGUUUCCAGAAUAGAAGGCAACAAGGGAGGAGAGAAGACAACCAUGUAGAUCGGGGCUUUGGGAACAUUAAGGUUAAAUUUCCCAAGUUCCAUGGCACUUCCAACUCGGAAGAUUAUUUAGAAUGGGAACAAAAAGCUGAGCAUAUAUUUUAUGGCAACAACCUCACAGAAGAGAAAAAGGAGCUUAUGAGGAGGCGGUUCAUACCACCACACUUCUUGAGAGAUUGUGCACAGAAGCUUCAAGCUCUUCGCCAAGGAAACAAGAGUGUUGAAGAAUAUUAUAAAAAGAUGGAAACAUUGAUGGAAAGAGUAGACAUUGAUGAGAAUGAGGAGAACACCAUGGCACGAUUUAUAAAUGGGUUAAACAUAGAAGUGGCCUAUCGUGUUGAUUUGCAGAUGUAUGAGGAUAUGGAGGAGUUGGUGCACUUUUCGGUGAAAAUUGAAAAGCAAAUUCAAAGGCGUAAGUCGAGGUACGCUACUAAGAAACCUUUUUCAAACUCAACUUCGUCUUGGAAAAAGGAUGGCAAAUCAACUGACUCUAAAUUUAAAGUGGGUAGUGAAAAACCUAAAGAUAAGGGGGAAACUUCAUCCAAACCCAAACCUAAAACUGACACACACACAKGUAGGAGUCGGGAUCUYAAAUGUUGGAAAUGCCAUGGGGUGGGACAUAUAAGUCGGGAAUGCCCUAAUAAGAGAACUAUGAUCCUUAGAGAAGGAGAGWUAGUAACAGAUGCAAGUGAGGUAGAUGAAGAAAGGGAUGAGUCCAUGAAUGACCUAGGGAGUGAGGAAGAAGUAGAGGAUACUACAUACUUAUCCUUAGUCACUAGGAGGGCUCUCAGUACCCACAUGAGGGAAGAUAACUUGGAGGAUCAAAGGGAAAACUUAUUUCAUACACGUUGCCUUGUGCAAACCAUACCCUGUAGUGUAGUGAUUGAUAGUGGGAGUUGUACGAAUGUAGUAAGUUCUAGCUUGGUUUCACGACUGAGCCUAGAUACUAAACCCCACCCACAACCUUAUAAACUACAGUGGCUUAAUGAUUGUGGUGAACUCAGGGUGACUAAGCAGGUGAAAAUUCCUUUUGCCAUUGGAAGAUAUGAGGACGAGGUACUAUGUGAUGUGUUACCGAUGCAUGCAGGUGAUAUGCUCCUUGGUAGGCCUUGGCAGUUUGACAGGAGAGUUCAUCAUGAUGGUUUUCUUAAUCGUUACACAUUCACACACAAUGGUGAUGAUUUUGAUUCGAGGACGAAUCCUUCAAAAGGGGGAGAAGAUGAUAUGAACCAAGAUGCAUUAGCCUUGCCGUCAGGACCAAUCACUCGUUCAAGGGCCAAACAGUUACAGCUAGCAUUUGAUUCUCACAUCCAAGCAGYAGUGAGCUCCACUAAUGGACAUCAAGAGGAUAAAGAUGGGACAAAACUUUAUUCAUGGUGCCAAAUGAAUAUAUGA